GCCGAAAUUUAUGGACUUCUUUUCACCUAUACAAAUUUUUGAGUUUUGUCUGUACGCACAAGUACAGAUAAAAAGAGUUGUGCUCAAAUAUAAAUGAAAUGAUUUUGCGUGUACACUGGUCUGCCAGGUAAGCCUCGCGGAAAUUCCCUGUGUUGCAGUGGAAAUUGAGCGCAAUCAGAUUUUGUUUCAGUGGAAAUUUGGCGACUUGUACAGAAAUUUAGGUCCGCGUUGAACGGCUGGCGCGUCCGGCAUUGUUUGAUUUUAUUAAAAACUGCGUUUUCACGGUUGGAAAAGUCGGAACGGGACCGGAAAAGUGUAGUCUGGAGGUUAAGGGGUUGAAUGAGAAAUUAUCGCAGCUUUCGCAUUUGAAUAGCCUGAUGACGAUUAUGUAGUAGUAAAAAUUAGAAAGGGGGAGAUUAUUUAGGAUUUGAAGCACCGGCAGACGUAUCAUGACAUGUAUCUGAUCUCAGAACGGAGUAUUAGAAACAUUUCUUUGCAGUCUACAUGUGAUUAUUGUUUUUCUGCGGAAGGCCUGUCAAAGGUUUUGCUCAAAUGAAGGGUCAAUCUUGCGCGGGACGGAAAGUUUCUGGAUUUUAGCGGUGCGUGAGAACACUUGUUACACCUGACAAAGAUUGCUUCUCCAUUUCAAAUUUCCCUUUGGUUCUUGUGUUCACAUUUCAGGGGUUUUGCAAAGGAGAAAUAAAUAUUUAGCAAGAAUUGACGGAGAUCUAAGCAUUCGCGUAACAGAAAAUGGAAAAUGAAGUAGGCGCACAGGUUGCAUACUUUUCAAAUCCGUUUCCUCACGGAGGGUUUUCUCAGCCGAGGAGUGGAGACAGAUACAAUGGCCACGUGCGUAACGCAGGGUGGAAUGUGAAUUCCUGGGACUGGGACAGUGUAAUGUUCAAAGCAAAGCCUGUUGAGGAAAACAGGCUUGGUAAGAGUUCUUCCAAUAUUCAUAAUAUUGUAGUUCCUUCAGGAAAUUUAAGUGUUAGUUUGUAUCCGUCGACCGACAGCAAUAAAAGAAAGCAGUCUUCUGAAGAAGAAGAUGCCGGAAACCUUACGUUGAAGCUCGGGGGAAGCUCAUAUGGUGAUGACAGUAAUUCAAAGAACAACAAGCGGUUCAGAUCUGGGUCUGCCGUCACCUCAUAUCCGUCAUGCCAAGUAGACAAUUGCAGAACAGAUCUUACCGCUGCGAAGGAUUAUCACAGAAGGCACAAAGUAUGCGAGGCUCAUUCCAAGGCUUCCAAAACCCUCGUUGGAAAUAUUAUGCAGCGGUUCUGUCAACAAUGUAGCAGGUUCCAUCCCCUUGAAGAAUUUGACGAGGGAAAGAGAAGCUGCCGGCGUAGACUUGCAGGGCAUAAUAAGCGAAGGCGAAAAACACAACCUGAAGAGAGUGGAGGCAGAGGAUUCUUACCAGAAGAUGUUAACAGAGUUUUGAGAAAUUUGGAUAUUUCUGCCCUCGUUACUGUAUUGUCAAGGCAGCUUCAAGCUAAUGACACCAUGGAGAAAUUGCUAGGCCGUUUAGUAUGGGACCAGGAUUAUCUUGUACAAUGCUUGAGCAAAUUGAAAUUUGUGUCUUCUUCGGAAGAUUCAAGGCAAAACAAAAUGCAGACUCAUCAGGCAAUAGACCUCAACAUUUCACAAGACACGCAAGCACACGCUCCAAAGCAAGAUGCCAGGGCCCAAGGUCUAGAGACAAAUGGUCCGCAGUCAACUGCCCCAAAUUUCGAAAUUGUGAGGAUGCUCUCAGGUUUGAUACAACGCUCCCCUGAAGCCCUUAGUCUUCUGCAUGGAUCCUUGAUGGGGCAGCAGACUCCAAAUUUUAAGAGUAAUGAUCAACCGGUCAAUAAAAGGUUUCCUGGCAUCAAGCCAGCCAUUUUUGCACCUGAAAUUGUUAGUGGUACAGCAGGUUUGGGUGUAUGUCAUAAAGUUGCAGAAAGUUCUACCUCUCGAGGGGGUCUUGGUUUUCCAUUGCAUAUUCUUGACUCUUCUGAGACUCCACACUGCCCAAAUAAUGUGACUUUAAAGCAGUCUUUUGCUAAUUGCAAUCCCAUGGAAGAGAGGUUGUCUUCAAGAAGUCCAUCUUCAUCACCUCCAGUUGUCCAGAAAUUCUUUCCUUUGCAUUCAAGAGAGGACAGUAAGGAUAAUGACAGUGUUUCGGCUGGUGAGGAAAUCGAGUUAAUGCCUGAUGAGAGUCCUAGUGAUGAUGGCCACCGCAAAAUCUCCAUACCAAACUGUGGCAUGAGCAGUGACCAGAACCAUUUUCGUUUAUGCUCCGUACGUGCAGGAUCAGAUCUCAAAAUUAGUGGCUAUACUUCAUCAGGCUCGGAUCAGUCUCCUACAAGUUCCAAUUCAGAUACUCAGGAACGGACAAGUAGAAUUAUUUUCAAGCUUUUUGGCAAAGAUCCAAGUGAUUUUCCUCAGAUGUUGCGAACCCAGAUAUUUGAGUGGUUGUCUCAUAUCCCAUCAGACAUGGAGAGCUAUAUAAGGCCUGGUUGUGUGAUACUUACUGUAUUUGCAUCCAUGCCUUCAGCUGCAUGGGAUCAGCUGAGAGGAGACUUGCAAGAACGCAUGAAAUUGUUGCUUUCUAGGGAUUGUAGUAAUGAUUUCUGGGAAAAUGGUCGAAUAAUAGUUCAAGCUGAACAGCAAUUUGCCUCAUUAAACAGUGGUAAGAUUCAGUUGUACAGAUCUUGCAGGUCAAGGGAUGCUCCUAAAAUACUUUCAGUCAGGCCUAUUGCAGUAGUAGCUGGUGAAGAAACCAGGCUUAUUGUCACAGGCUACAAUUUGAUGGUUCCUGGUACAAAAAUUCUUUGUGCUUAUCAGGGAAAAUAUAUUUCAGAAGAAGUUAUUCCAGAAGAUCAUCAAAUAUGCAGUGAGACUCCCAUCAACAAGAAUGCUCCACUUGAACAUAAAUUCUCAGGGGGUCCAGCUAAUGUUUUGGGUCGUCUUUUUGUGGAGGUUGAACGGCAUUUAAAGGGGAACAGCUUUCCAGUCAUUGUGGCAGACAGUGCAAUCUGUGGAGAGCUCCGAAGUCUAGAAGGUGACAUGGACAGACUUAGUGAGGGUGUAGCAAUAAAGAAGGAUUCAGAAAUGCAUUCUCAAGCUAAUGUCCAAUUAAAUGCACAUGAGGAUGUUGUAAGUUUCUUGAAUGAGCUUGGAUGGCUUUUACAGUGUAAUUCCUACUCUGAAAAGAAGUCUGUUUUGCCUGGAGUCUUGCCUCGCCGCUUCAAGUUUCUAUUAACUUAUGCUGUGGAAAGGGACUGGAAUUUUCUUCUUAAAAGAGUUCUGGAUAUGCUGUUUAGUGUGUAUGCUGAAGAAGGAUCAAAUCAAGAGGCAUUGACUGUCAUCUCGGAAGUUAACUUGCUGCACAGGGCAGUGAAGAGAAAUUGCAGGAGAGUUGUGGAUAUGUUGUUAUCCUAUGCUUAUGGAGACUUUGCAUUUAGUCCAGGUGCGAUAGGGCCGGGAAGUCUUACACCACUGCAUAUAGCUGCAAGUAUGCAAAAUGCAGAGGAUAUUGUUGAUGCUUUGACCAGUGAUCCAGGAAAGAUUGGAUUAGAUGCUUGGACCACAGCCUUGGAUGCAAGCCAGCAUACACCACAUGCUUAUGCCUUAAUGAGAAAUAAUCAUUCAUAUAACCGGUUGGUUGAAAGAAAACUGGUAGAUAGCAUAAGUGCUCAGUUGACAAUAACAAUCUUGAAAGAACCUUCCUUGAAUGCUAGUGCAGUUAAGGGAGCUGGUUCAGACACAAACUUGUCUCGGCAGACAGUAGAUAAGCUACCUCAGAAAUGUGGCGAGUGUGCAAGAUUUGCCUCCAAGAGAGUAUCAAGGAUGACGGGCUAUCAUGGAGCCAUGUAUCGUCCAUUUGUUUUCUCCUUGCUGGCUACUGCAGCAGUUUGUGUCUGUGUAUGCUUGCUAUACAAGGGACCCCCAACAGUAAAUUCAACUCCACCCUUCAUGUGGGAAAAGAUUGAAUAUGGUGCAAUUUAAAGGUAACUUGCUUUCGUUGGGAUGGCUGGUUCUGCAUUUUGCGUUGCAAGAAGUUUUUGCUACGGACAUCAAGUCUCAACCAAUAUUACCUACAAAUUCUGCUCUCUAACCCUGUGACAUUGAACGUGCUACAUCAUAGUACAAAGAGCAGAUGACAUUUUAUUCCAUUAGCAAAUGAGGGGAGCCUUCUCGUCAGUGGAAAAGGUAUUGUAAAGAGCCCACAAGUACUGAUACGGGCUCUUGAGGAGUGACCUAGGAAGAAUGAGAGCAAGAUUUCCAGCCUUUCAAGGUUCUUGCUGUGUGAAUAUUAUCAUAAAUGUGUAUUUUGAAAUUGAGGCAAAAGUGAUGCUGUGUAUAUAAUCAUAAAGAUGCCAAUGGAAAAGCCAAGUCUCCCUUAUUAGCUUGCUCUUGUGCUGGAUCAUAACAUUUGAAGCAGCUUAUCGUAUUUUGCAUAUGUGCAGACAUUCUUUGUGAGGCUUAGUUUAGGGUGAGCACAAACAGCUCAUGACAUAUCUUCUUCCUAACUUUGGAAAACCAUUACAAAGAGAUAUUUGGGCUACAAAAUUUAGGGCACAUAUACUGUCAAACUCUCUAGUCAUUACUUAGCUGGGUGGUAUGGAAUUAGGUGGAUAUUGGGGAAACUUGUGUCAAGAUCUGAGAAGAUCUGUGCACUAUAUGGUCCAGGAUAGAGUAUAUGGUUGAAUAUAAGGUUACUGAUAUAUGAUUGGAAAAUGAUAAAUUAUAGAAAAAUUAUUUUUA